ACUAAAAAAGAGAGAACGAUGGCGAAGGGCCGCCUCUCGUCUCGUAGGUCCCCGGCGGGCGAGGCAGAGGCCGUGGCGGCCCCCGGCGGCGGCGGCGGCGGCGACGACGACGAUGUCGACGAGUCUAAGACCAGGAAACGCGCCUCCCUCGCCGCCAGGCUCGCCAGGAACGUGAGCACGCGGCGGUGCCUCAUCUCCGCCUUCUUGUUCCUCCUCUUCUUCCACCUCGCCAAAUUCAUCUCCCACUCCCCGCACCGCUUCUGCGCCUCUCCUUCCUUCGAAUCCGUCCCCCGCACAACUUCUUCGGUCGACAGCAUCGACGGCCUCGCCUCCGAGUUCGGAUUCCUCGGCGUGCCCUGGUGUAGAUCGAAACAUGGAAAGACGGUGGAAUGGACUUCAAAGGAUCUGCUCAAAGGCUUGGAGGAAUUUGUGCCGAUAUAUCAAAAUCGUCCAGUCAAGAACAACAAGGAUGGGAUGGGCUUCGACCACAGCUUUGGGUUAUGGUUCAUGACACGCUGGCUCAAACCAGAUCUGAUGAUAGAGAGUGGUGCUUUCAAGGGGCACUCCACAUGGGUCCUUCGACAGGCAAUGCCCAAGAAACCGAUCAUAUCGAUAUCACCUCACCACCCAGAGAAGUAUCUGAGGAAAGGACCAGCCUAUGUUGACAAGAACUGCACAUAUUUUGCUGGGAAGGAUUUUGCAGAUUUUGGGAGUGUUGAUUGGGAAUGUGUCAUGGAAAAGCAUGGGAUUUCGGAUCUUAGUCGGGUUCUCGUCUUCUUUGAUGAUCAUCAAAAUGCGUUGAAAAGAUUGGAGCAGGCUCUGGAAGCUGGCUUUCGGCAUGUCAUAUUUGACGACAAUUACGACACUGGAACUGGUGACCAUUAUUCCUUGAGGCAGAUUUGUGAUCAGCUUCACAUAAGAGGUGGGGGGCACUGCUGCUCUAGGUAUUGUGAUGAAGCAAGGAUUAGAGAGAGAAGGAAAUUUUUUUGGAAGAAGGCCGUAGACAUAGAUGAUCUAUGUGGGACGGGUGAUGCAUGGUGGGGCAUCAGAGGGCACAUGCAUGAUGAUUUUAAUCGCAGCAGCGAGGCCAUAUCAUAUUAUGAACAUGUUCGGAACAACAUGUUUGUGGAGUCGGUAUUAGAUGUCUAUUGGGAGCUCCCACCAGUGGCUGGUCCCUCACUCACUCAUCAAACAAGAUAUGACCCUGCCCGUGCUCCAGAUCCAAUCAUCGAAGAUGGCAGGUUUGACUUGUUCCGAAAGCCCGGUCUAACAAGGCUUGAAUGUGCUGUAUUCAAUGGAUACACUCAGAUGGUCUAUCUUCAGAUAUCCCGACUCUUGACUGUUGAGUAACAGUAGAAAAUUUUGUUCCAAUCAACUGUACAUAUCUUCUUUUCUGCUGGAUAUGCAGGUGCAAGUGGGAUCAAAGAUUUGUUCAAUCUAGAUAUCUGCCCCUAUCUCUUUACUCUUGAGUAACUGUAAAAAAAUUUGUUCAAAUCAACUGUAGAUAUAUGCUUCCACAAUCAUUUCCAGAUUCCUUACAAAA